GAAGCCAUUCAAGUGUUCAGUUUGUGAGUAUGCCACACGCAGUAAGAGCAAUUUGAGAGCUCACAUGAAUCGUCACAGCACUGAGAAGACACACCUCUGUGAUUUGUGUGGAAAGAAAUUCAAAUCAAAGGGCAGUCUGAAGAGUCAUAAGCUGUUGCACACUGCUGAUGGUAAACAAUAUAAAUGUACAGUAUGUGAUUACACCGCUGCACAAAAGCCAAACCUCCUUCGACAUAUGGAACAGCAUGCUGCUUUCAAGCCUUUCCGAUGUGCACUGUGCCACUAUUCCUGUAAUAUGGCUGGAUCACUGAAGAGACAUUACCACAAGAAACAUCCCAGUGAUGAAUAUGUCAAUGCUGGAACUGGUGUACUAGCUCAAGAGAGUGUGACACAGCAAGGUGGUGUAAAGUGUCCAGUAUGCAGUUUUGUCUAUGGUACCAAGUGGGAACUGAACAGACACUUGAAAAACAAACAUGGACUGAAGAUUGUGGGCAGCAUAGAAGGGGAAGCCAUAGAACAGGUUCUUGAAGCUUCUCCGGAUCAGACUCAAACACAGUACUUUCACAUAACAGAGAGCGAAGAGGAUGCUCAGGGCACUCAGGCAGCUGUUGCAGCUCUGCAGGACCUACGGUACAACUCAGAGAAUGGGGAUAGGAUGGAUUCAACAGCAGUGAACAUUCUUCAGCAAAUUAUCGGUUUAGCUCCAGAACACCAUGAUGGUGCUGUUGCUUCUGUGGUUACCAUGGCACCUGGCACAUUAACAGUUGUAGAACAAGCUGAGGAUGAAACAGCAGGCAAUCAUGCAAUGAUGAUCCAGCAGGCCUUGGAGCAAGCUUCAGUGGAGCUCGGAGAGGGUCAUCAUCUGGUAGAGCAAGUUGUAGUCUCUUCUGAUGAUGUGGAAGGGAUUGAGACAGUGACUGUUUACACUCAGGGCGAAGAAACAUCCGAGUUCAUUGUCUAUGUGCAGGAGGCUGUGCAAGCAGAAGAGCAAACCACAGAGCAGCAAAUUGAGGAACUGUAACUGCUUCUAUCAUUUUUAACCAGGACUUCAGCUGGUUGGAACAAGAAGGCUCUAAAGCCCCUGUUUCUGGUUUUGUAAAAUAAUGGCAAGAAUAUUGGAAUCAGUGUACCCUGUUCAAGUCAGACUGGCAGAAAAUAACCAAACAGGAAUUCUCCAGAAAAAGGGGCAAUUGGCAAUAAAUUUCCUUCUGUUA